AUGAGUAAAAGAAAUAAUAGCUUGGUAGAGAGAAAGAAAUCUAAAAGUAAAUUAAAGACAGCGAUAUCUUAAAGAAAAAAUUCGGAUUCAUAUGAUAAUAAUUUCUAUUAGGAAUUCUAAAAUUUCUACUCUCAAGCUUAGAACACUACUUUUACUAAAUUCGAAUACAUGAAAGAAUUUUUCAAUUUAGGACUCACCUAAUUUCCAACUGACGAAGAAAUUAAUUAAAUAUAACUGGAGAUUCUGACUACAAGUGGAUGGAAUUCUAAUCUCAAGAAAAAUUGGACUCUCAAUGAAAAGAAAGUGCUAAUUUGGCUUAUAGGGAAACUAAGUUAAAUAAGAAAUGAAGAUCUGAGGGAUUUGUCAACUGAACUUUUCGAAGAAGUUUCAAAGAUGAUAUGUCGCAGAGAUAAAGAACAAUGCAAAUAAAAGUGGGCUUAAAUGUAAAAGGUUGCUUUGUAGUAGUAACCUUUUAGACCAGAAGAGGAUUAAAAAUUGUAUGAAAUCAUUAUGAAGUAUUAAUCUGCUGAUCAGGGUCAAAAGUGGAGUCUAAUUUCAUAAGAAUUAAAUCAAAAUUCUUCGGCCUAUAGAUCUAGUAAAUAAUGUAGAGAAAGAUGGUUAAAUCACCUCAAUCCAAAAAUAUCAAAAGAACCUUGGACAGACGAUGAAGAUAUAAAGUUGUUAUAGACGGUUAAAGAAAUUGGUCGAAGAUGGUCAGAAAUAUCAAAAAUUAUGGAUGGAAGAAGAAGUGAAAAUAAUCUAAAAAAUCGAUUUAAUAGUUUGAUCAAAAGAGAAAAAGAUUUGCCUUAUCUGUAAACGUAUAAUGGAUCAGCUACUAACUUGGAUGAUUUAUUGUCAGGUUGCAACGGGCCAGAAAUUACAGAUUUAUAAAGACAGGCUAUUGAUGCUGUUUUGGCUAAGCUCAAGUGGAGAAGUGCCGAAACUCAAAAUAAAAGCAAUCGCAAAUAAUCAAUCGAAAUAUCAGAGCAACAAUAAUCUAAAUAGGCAUUUAAAUAACGAAAUUAGCCUACUGUCUCAUAUACUAUCGGAAAUAUCGAAUAGGAGUAUAAUAUUCAAGAAUUAAUACCUUGUUUAGUGAAUGUUAAUAAAAAUAUCAUUUACUUCUGCACCAAUGAGACUCUAGUAUAAUUUCAUGAAAUUAAUCAAUAAAAACAAAAUUAAUUUAAAGAGCAGUUUGAUAGAAUAAAAAGUGAAUUGCACAUCUUUGAUUCCGGAUUCCACAAUUUCAAAUCUACUUUGAGUAUGAUAGAAGAAUUUGAAGAAUCCCAAAGGAGUCACUUGAACUUUUAUACCAAUGAUAUGGAUGGUUUUUUAAAUCUCGAAACACCAGAAACCUUUUCUAAACCUAUUUAUGCAAAUCCAAUUGAAAUCUUCACUCAUUCUGCCAUGAAAUGCUUUCACCGAUGGAAAACAGAUAGUCAACUUAAUGAUAGACGCAGAAAUAGUAUACCCAUACCAAGAUCACUCCCGAAUUUGAUAUUAAAUUACACAUGA